AUGAAGUCCUCGAUCCUUGUGGCUCUCGCGACUGGACUGGGUGUCCAUGGCUUUGCCCUCGAGCAACGAAAGUCGGACUGGGUCGUUGGACAAACAGUGCACACAAGCAGUGGAUCGAUCUCUGGGCAAGCUGCAGCGAACAAUACAGAGGUCUCGGAGUAUUUGGGAAUACAAUACGGACAGGCACCAAUUGGAGAGUUGAGAUUUGCGGCUCCCGUCAAGUUCACCGGCAACAGCUCCAUCAAUGGAACCUCUUUCGGACCUUCUUGUCCCGUCAAGCAAUCUAAUGACUCGGUGCCUACCGCUCAAGCACGCGAAGCGGCGAAUUUGACGAGUGCUGGGUUAUUGACCUUCGCAGUCUUGACCGACAAUGGGGCUACAUAUAAUGAAGAUUGUCUAUAUUUAAACGUUUGGACGAAACCACAAAGCGGCGAUGCGAAGAAAGCAGUUCUGGUCUGGCUCUACGGUGGUGGAUUCAGCUCGGGCAGUUCCUCAAUUCCUGGUUACAAUGGUGCAAAUAUUGCUGGGCAGGAAGAUGUUGUGGUUGUAUCCUUGAAUUACCGGCUGAGUAUCCUUGGAUUCCCUGGAGGCUCUUCCGCAACGCCCAAUGUGGCACUUUUGGAUCAGAGGCUUGCCGUUGAAUGGGUGAGAGACAACAUUGAGCAAUUUGGUGGAGAUCCCUCGAGAAUUACUCUUUUCGGGCAAUCCGCUGGAGCAGCUGCCAUUGACGUUUACUCUUAUGCCUGGACAAAGGACCCUAUCGCGGCAGGUUUCAUUCCCGAGAGUGGGAACGUCAUUGGUUGGGGGCUUCCAAACUCUGCCAGCUUCACAGCAUCGGCUUGGUACAACACAAGUAGUUCUCUUGGAUGUGGAGACUCUACUUCAGACUCUGCAGCUGUCCUGUCCUGCAUGCGCAAACAGGACUACAACGCAAUUCUCAACGCGGUCCCAGCAUUGAAUGGUACCGCUUCAAUCCUAGGGUCCUUUGGGCCAACCGUAGACGAUACCAUUGUCUUUUCCGAUUACCGAUCACGUACACCAGCCAAGGUCCCGAUGUUGAUUGGUAGUAACAACUACGAGGCGGGACUAUUCCGCACACAAUUCGCUCUGAGAGGAGUUACUUUCUCAGACAGCUUCUGGGCCACGUUCAACCUCCAAGCCUUCACCUGCCCCACUGGCAUCCGCGCAAAUUUGUCUGUCGCAGCAGACGUUCCGACAUGGCGAUACCGCUACUUCGGCGUCUUCCCCAACUUAGCGAUUACGAGUGAGGCAGGAGCCUGGCACGCGGCCGAGGUACCGAUGCUAUUCAACACGGCGCCAAAUAGCAUUCCUGCUACUCCCGAGCAGGUCAGCAUUGGGAACUAUAUGCGUGGCGCCUGGGCAGCUUUCGCCAAAGAUCCCGCGAACGGGCUCACGACUUACGGAUGGCCGCGAUACGACACCAGCCAGGACUCGCUUGUCAGACUCGCUUACGACAACAUCACGGGUCCUAACUUGAUCAAUCCCUAUCGAUACGAUGCCGAUUGCUUUCUGGUAAACGUCAGUAGCACUGAUAGCAGCGGACCCUUUCCUGAUCUACCAGAUCUCGGUGCGGGGGUGACGCCUACAGCGGACCGCAACGGCUCUCCAAUGCCGAGGGCGACGGGUAGUUCGGGGGAAAGCAUUACUGGGGAUGCUGGGAGGCGGUUGGUGAUGAGUGUGUGGUGGAUGAGUUUGGGAGGAUUGCUCGUGGCCGGAUUGAUGUGA